GUAAGCUGAUCCGCCGCCCAAAGCCAUCAGCAAUCCUUAGCAUAGGGGCACACUCAUGCAUUCCUGUCAAGUCAUCUUGUGAAAGGCUGCCUGCUUCCAGCUUGGCUUGGAUGUGCAACCUUAAUAAAACUCACUGAGGUCUGGGAGAAAAUAGCAGAUCUGCUGCAGAUAGGGUAGAGGAAAGGGGCUAGAAAAUGUACUCGCAGCUGACUCGGGCAGCCUGCGCGCUGAACGGUUACACAGGGAGGAAACAAUAAAUCUCAGCUACUAUGCAAUAAAAAUCUCAAGUUUUAACGAAGGAAACUAUCAUUACAGUAAAAUAAAAAGUAACAUUUUAGAACGAAGCUAACAAAUGGGGAGUUCUCUGUGGAUCUUCUUCCAACGUUCGCUUUAAAGGGAAAAGAGUCAAACAAGCAGUUUUACCUGAAAUAAAGAACUAGUUUAAAGGUCAGAAGAGAAGAGCGAGCUUUGCAGGAGGCACGGAAGGCGAGCGCUGGCAGUACAAUGACAGUUCUCCUCUCCUUUGCAUUCUUCGCUGCCAUUCUGACUCACAUAGGGUGCAGCAAUCAGCGCCGAAGUCCUGAAAACGGAGGGAGAAGAUAUAACCGGAUUCAACAUGGGCAGUGUGCCUACACUUUCAUUCUUCCAGAACACGACGGGAACUGCCGUGAGAGCGCGACAGAGCAGUACAACACGAACGCUCUGCAGAGGGAUGCGCCACACGUGGAGCCGGACUUCUCUUCCCAGAAACUUCAGCAUCUGGAGCAUGUGAUGGAAAAUUAUACUCAGUGGCUGCAAAAACUUGAGAGUUACAUUGUGGAAAAUAUGAAGUCGGAGAUGGCCCAGAUACAACAGAACGCGGUUCAAAACCACACGGCCACCAUGCUUGAGAUAGGAACCAGCCUCUUGUCACAGACUGCAGAGCAGACCCGAAAGCUGACAGAUGUUGAGACCCAGGUACUAAAUCAAACAUCGCGACUUGAAAUCCAACUACUGGAGAAUUCAUUAUCAACAUACAAACUAGAGAAGCAACUUCUCCAACAGACAAAUGAAAUUCUGAAGAUUCAUGAGAAAAACAGCUUAUUAGAACAUAAAAUUUUAGAAAUGGAGGGAAAACACAAAGAAGAAUUGGACACCUUGAAGGAAGAGAAGGAAAACCUUCAAAGUCUGGUUACACGUCAAACAUUCAUCAUCCAGGAGUUAGAGAAGCAACUCACGAGAGCCACCACCAACAACAGCGUCCUCCAAAGACAGCAGCUGGAACUCAUGGACACAGUCCACAACCUCGUCAGCCUCUGCACUAAGGAAGGUGUUUUGCUAAAGGGAGGAAAAAGAGAAGAAGAGAAACCAUUUCGAGACUGUGCAGAUGUAUAUCAAGCUGGUUUUAAUAAGAGUGGAAUCUACACUAUUUAUUUUAAUAAUAUGCCAGAACCCAAAAAGGUAUUUUGCAAUAUGGAUGUGAAUGGGGGAGGUUGGACUGUAAUACAACACCGUGAAGACGGAAGUCUGGACUUCCAAAGGGGCUGGAAAGAAUAUAAAAUGGGCUUUGGGAAUCCCUCUGGUGAAUACUGGCUGGGGAAUGAGUUUAUCUUUGCCAUAACCAGUCAAAGGCAGUACAUGCUGAGGAUUGAGCUGAUGGACUGGGAAGGGAACCGAGCCUACUCACAGUACGACAGAUUCCACAUAGGCAAUGAAAAACAGAACUAUAGGUUGUAUUUAAAGGGUCACACGGGGACAGCAGGCAAACAGAGCAGCCUGAUCCUUCACGGUGCUGAUUUCAGCACUAAGGAUGCCGACAACGACAACUGUAUGUGCAAAUGCGCCCUCAUGCUCACGGGAGGUUGGUGGUUUGAUGCCUGCGGCCCCUCCAAUCUGAAUGGAAUGUUCUACACUGCGGGACAGAACCAUGGAAAACUGAACGGGAUAAAGUGGCACUACUUCAAAGGGCCCAGUUACUCCUUACGUUCCACAACCAUGAUGAUCCGGCCCUUGGACUUUUGAAGGCGCUGUGCCCGUAUGGCAAAUCUGCAAAGAAAUCUGGGGGUGCUCCUGGAUGAAAAGCCUUUUUGGAGGCUUCAAAAACAAACAGCAUUCUCUCCCUUUCAUCAGCAAGUGGCUAUGUGAGGGCACCAAGGUUCUUGACUAUGGAUUCGGAGCCUUCUGAUUUCAAAAGUCUCCACAUGGGUCACUGUAUUCUAGUGAACUGUCUCCAGAGAAUGCCACUUGCCACUCACUGUCAUGCUUUGGAAAGGGAGGAAGCUGCUCGGCUUGCCACACUUCAAAGUGCUCCUGGAUUUUAUUUUGAACCUAUAGCACGCUGAUGAUAAAUGCGGCUUGUUUCAUGUAAAACCAAAUGAAGAAUAAACAGCAAAGAACAUACAUUAAAAAAAAAAUGGUAACAGGCCUGCCAGAAUCCGUUGAAGACAGAUCGCCGUGGUGACGUGGUAUCAUUACAGGACAUCCUGCUAACACAUAACACUGACGUCACAGCACGAAUGUGACAUAAGAACAGCCUUGUCCUCUGAAUUGGUUAAAAGUCAGUUGGCUUUGGAAGCCCAUUUCAAGUGUUUUAUUCACUAGUUGGUUUCGGUUUUCCUCUGUUCAAGGGUAAAUUCCAUCUUUGAAAGUCAUGAUACAGAGGGUUACAGUAUGAGGUAGAAAGAUGCCCAAGGACUCUGAGUUUUGGGGGAUACCAUUUUCAGAAGAGUCAAAAUACAAUCAAGAAUGGAUCCAACAGGUAAAAUGUACUCUCAUGCUAAAGUAUUCAUUUACAUGGGAAAAUGAUUUACAGACACACAAAUACGUUUAGAGCCUGAGUAUAUAUAAAAAUGCAUCCUGUUCUCAAAACAAUAUGUAUACAGUUAGUGGUCUCAUUGACAGUGUAUGGGGAGCAGUAUGUAGAGAACCUGAGUUGGGACAGCCAAUUGUAUAGAUCUUCCGACAUGUAUUUGCAUAUCUGGGGCAUCAUUAUUUUGAAAAUGUUUGUAGGUCUUCAUUUCUUCAUCCAGAUAUUGUGUGCUAAUUUAAUUUUUUUGUCAGUUAGCUACAGUUUAGUUACAAAAGGUAUCCUGUUCCCUUUCUUUAUAACGUUAAACUUUGAAGUCUAAAUAGAAUGGAAGCAUUAAAUGUCAUUGUACAUAGCCUGCUAGCCCCUCCCAUGCUAAACCCAACACCUGUUUAAUCUGGAAUAUACAGUGUUGUCCAGCUGGCGACCACAAACAUGAAUGCUCAAAGACAUUUACUCUACUACCUGAUUAAAUAUAUAGCUCUUCACAUUGUGUUUUCUCCUUCAGCCUCUAUUUUCUCAAGCAUUUUCUCUCUUGUAAAAUAAUAUUAGCAGAGAAAAUUGGCAUAAUUCCUUAUAUGUGAGAGAUAUAAAAAAUUUACAGUCACGUGGCUAGGAAACUUCUGAUUGUCAGCUGCUGUAAGUGCCUUCGUUCAGAUGUCCCUAUGGCAUAAUCUAUUGGAGUUUUGGACACACGCGUUUGCGAAAACUUGACGUCACUGCAGGGUUUUAUCAAGCAAUGCUCUUCGUCUAUAAAUGGUCAAGGUUAUGUCAGAAAAUAAAAUGCAAUCCGCAUGAUUUAUUAUGAAAUGAGAAAACAACGUUGUGCAUCAGUUCUUCUUCCUUGGAGAAGAAAGAUUUUCUGUGGAAUACAAAUUUCAAAAUAUCAGGCUUGACCAUUGCACCCGCUCUGCCUCACUGGCUUUCCUGCGUCUGGGAGAAUAAAGCUACUCAUGGUUUUAAGAAAAGGUUUCUUCAAUGUUUACCAUCAAGUCUUUCUUAUAUUUAUAUGUUUGUACACAAUACCGUUUUGCCUUACAAGUAGCAUGUUCAGGAAUUACAGGUUUUCUGACAUUGGUGACUCCCUCAGAACUCUCCUAACCCUCUCCAUCUAAUACCCUUGCUUUCAUUUAGGUGAUGGAAAAGGAAUAUUUUUGUGGUUGUGGUUGUGUUAUUGUUGUUGUUCUUCCCACAGCUGUUUUCAAACCAGUCUUGGAUUAGGUAUACUGUUCCUCAAUCUAUCUUACAAAAAUACAGUGAAAUAAUGAGAAAAAACAUGGUAUUUACUGUUUUUCUAUCUGGGUUUGAGAAAUGAGAUAUUGUUUCCAAUUAUUUAUAAUAAAACAGUAUAAAUGUUUAGUGAUUCCAUUUUGUACACUGUGUAAUGCCAACAUGUCUGUAGCAAUUUGACAUUCAUAGCUUUUGCUUUUAAUUAUUUCUGGAUAAAAUAACUAGAUACUAGAAUUUUGUCUUUCAAUUUCUACUUCAAUAAAAGUUGUGUGGUUUCUAUGGAAAUGUCUUCAUAACAGUCACAACAUUAUUUGUUUCAAAUAAAGUUGAAAAUAAUGUUUGCAA